AUGGCUGUUGAUGGUGGGUGUGGGGACACUGGAGACUGGGAAGGUCGCUGGAACCAUGUAAAGAAGUUCCUCGAGCGAUCUGGACCAUUCACACAUCCCGAUUUCGAGCCAGGCACUCAAGCCCUUGAGUUUUUGUUAAGCACAUGUAAAGUACUAGUUAUUGGAGCAGGAGGAUUAGGAUGCGAACUCCUGAAAAACCUGGCACUGUCCGGCUUUAGGCAGAUCCAUGUUAUUGACAUGGAUACUAUAGAUGUUUCUAAUCUUAACCGACAGUUUCUGUUUCGACCGAAGGAUGUUGGGCGACCAAAAGCAGAAGUUGCAGCAGAAUUCCUGAAUAGCCGCAUUCCCAACUGUGCUGUCGUAGCCUAUUUUAAAAAGAUUCAAGACAUGGAUGAAAGCUUCUAUCGACAGUUUCAUAUUAUUGUUUGUGGGCUGGACUCUAUAAUUGCAAGAAGAUGGAUAAAUGGCAUGCUGAUGUCAUUUUUACAUUAUGAAGAUGGUGUAUUGGAUCCAAGUUCCAUCAUACCUUUAAUAGAUGGAGGGACAGAAGGUUUUAAAGGAAAUGUUCGUGUGAUUAUUCCUGGUAUGACAGCAUGUGUUGAGUGCACACUUGAGCUUUAUCCACCACAGGUCAAUUUUCCUAUGUGUACUAUUGCAUCUAUGCCCAGACUACCAGAGCAUUGUAUUGAGUAUGUCAGGAUAUUGCAGUGGCCAAAGGAGCAACCUUUUGGAGAAGGUGUUGCACUGGAUGGAGAUGACCCUGAACAUAUACAGUGGAUUUACCAGAAGUCUUUAGAAAGAGCAUCACAAUUUAGUAUUAAAGGUGUUACAUACAGACUCACCCAAGGGGUGGUUAAACGAAUUAUUCCAGCAGUAGCUUCUACAAAUGCAGUAAUUGCAGCUGUUUGCGCCACUGAAGUUUUUAAAAUAGCCACAAGUGCAUACAUUCCUCUUAACAACUACUUGGUGUUCAAUGAUGCGGAUGGAUUAUACACGUACACAUUUGAAGCGGAAAGGAAGGAGAACUGUCCAGCCUGCAGCCAACUUCCCCAAAACAUAGAGAUUUCCCCAUCAGCUAAGUUACAGGAGAUCUUGGAUUACUUGACAAAUAAUGCUUCAUUGCAAAUGAAAUCUCCUGCAAUCACAGCAACUAUGUAUGGGGGAAAUAAAACACUUUAUUUACAGACAGUAGCAUCAAUUGAAGAACGAACAAGGCCAAAUCUUUCCAAGACACUAAAAGAACUGGGGCUUGUGGAUGGCCAGGAACUUGCAGUUGCUGAUGUUACUACACCACAGACUAUGCUGUUCAAGCUUCACUUUACCACUUAAUUUAUUCAUAAGUAAACUGCAUAGACAGCAAGAGAAAUCUGUACCCACCUUGUAAAGCAAACGUACUCCGUGGGUGCUAAAGCAACCUGAAAUGUUCAUGUUAGUACUAGCAUUGUUGAAGGUUAGGUAAUACAAAUGAAUCACCAUAUUUCAGAAUUGUACGUAGAAGCCAAUAUUUGGUGGAUUAUAUUUGUAUAAAUGCUUAUUAAUGUACAGAACUCUGAUGUAUAGGAAUACACUUUUUUCCAGUUUUUGUUGUCAAAAUGUUAAUGCUAAUAUACUUUCAGACACAUGGAAAUUUUAAGGUGGCCAAAAGUUGUUUUCAACUCGUGCGCACACGUAUAUGCAAAGAGAAGACCCUUUAAAAGGAACCACAGCGAUCUGGUUUUUAAAUUGUAGCACUCCUAUGCACUUGCUGAGUCACCCUAAAACCAAAAGAGGGCAGUAGAUUAAAACAAGCAUUUUCCUCUUAUUUGAUAUUGAUUUGAUCAACUUUAUGAAAGGUGUUAAGUAUGGAAGAGAUUACUUUGUUUACAAGCAAACACAAAAGGACAGAAUGAUCAACUGUACAUGAAAAUACGGACGUGUCUGCUCACAGUCCCCAGGCAGCCGCUGUGCACAGUAUUGCGGGGUUAUGUUCAAGUAUCAUUGGUGCUGUUAAAGUAUUUAUUAAUAAAAAAA